AUGUGGUUACGGGCCUUUACCACUCCCGUUAUCUUCCAAGAGCCCAUCGUGUUCGACAAGAAGCAAUUUAAACGUACCACCGCUAGAUUUGGGCUUAAAGAGCUCCCCGCGGUUCUUAAGGGUACACAAAUCCACAUGCCCGAACCUUGCCUUCAGUGCUCCACGCGCAAGGAUUCUGCUGUCAAGAACUGCACCUUUCGUGGGUGGGGCACUCCCUGCGGUCCUUGCGACGUGGCGCAUGUUUCUUCGUGGAUGUCAUCUGUAACCGGUUGGCUAUUCAUGCACCUUCAGCUAUAUCUGCGUUGA